GGUUUAUAAUUCUUUCCAACUAGAAAAAGGAGAAGAAAAUUAUUAAUUCUUUCCAACUAGAAAAAGGAGAAGAAAAUUAUUAAUUACUCCUAGUAUAGUUUCUAAAAAGGGUUGACUCACGCGUCAACUCGAAGUAUAUAAGUAUGGCAAAACCUAUUUGCGUUUAGUUACUAUUGUUUGAGACCAAGUAUAAUUCAGUUUGCUUUCACGAAUCAUACCAAGCCAGGUAACCUUCUAUCCUUUUUUUUUUUUUUUUUUUUUUUCAGGUUUCAUAUUUUGAAGUUUUAUGUUGUUGUAAUCUGAUAUAAUUAUUAAGUACGUAUACACCAGAAAACUUUCUUUAAUUUUUUUCGUUGUUACGUUUUUAAUUUUAAAAUUUUACUAUUUUGUUAAUGAUCUGGUUGAACUGAUGAUGUUGGAAUUAAAUAUAUUAAUUUCUUUUGUUUCUUUUAUGCAGCUAUCAAUUGAAGUCUGUACUACUAAAUUCUUUCUUUUCCUAGUCAUUCGAGUUUGUAGUUUAGGCACAAUAAAAUUGCUCUUCUUUAAAUUUUAUGGUGUUCCUUUUCCCAAUGAAUUUUAUAUUGUUGGAUUGGAGAUUAUUUCCAUGAAUUUUGUCAAUAAGGAAUAAUGUUCUAAGGAUCUGAGUGGCUUGUGCUAAAAUUAUUCGUUAUAUGGCUGAUUUGUGAAACUCAAUAUUUAUAAUUACGAGAAAGCAACAUCUAAUCUUCAUUAAAAUGAGAACAAUAUAUGAACGUCUCUAAUAAAAGUUUACAAGUGUGUUGCACAAUAACACUAAUGCCAUAAUGCACUAUAACAUCACGUCGUUCUCCUUUUUUCUUUCUUUUUCUGUUUUUUUUAUUUUACUUUUAGGUGUUUUACUAGCAAAGAGACAAUUUCAGCCAAAAAAUUAUUUCUUGUUUUAAAGGUAGAAACCAAAAAAUUUAAUGCGCUCUUUUGAAUAAGAAUUCUCAGCAGGUGAGGAGAAAAUUUUUCUCCCUACGAUCUAUCAUCAAUAUGAGAAAAUUCAAUGUUACCCCAAAAAUUAGUGGUCAAAUCUAAAAUUCAACAUAAGCAAUGCAUAAUGUAUGAUAUCGCGAAUUCUAUCUCGUUUGCCUUCGUGGGCUUUCUUCUUCUUUUUCUUUUGUUUGUUCUUUUUUCUUUCUCUUUCUUUUUCCCUUCACUCUUUUUUCUCUUCUUGUUUUUCUAGCCGUUAGGAUACUUCGUAGUCUGACUCCUAAGAGAAUUAAAAGGAACUAAUUUGUUUAGCAUAAUUUUCUUCUUACUAUAGUGUCUGUUUGCUUUUUUCUUCUAUUUAAUUAUAUGUAAAUUCUUUGAACAGGCAGCAUGGGAAGAUCAAAAAUCAACAUGGAACGUAUUCAAGAUCACAAGAAUAGGAACUCCACCUUCCUGAAACGGAAGGCUGGAUUAAUCAAAAAAAUCUCAGAGCUCUCAAUACUUUGUGACAUCAAAGCAUGCAUGAUUAUAUAUGACUCCCACCAAGGAAAUAAUCAAGUUAUUUCUCAACAUGAUGAAAUCUGGCCAAAUGAUCCAAAUGAAGUUCAAGAGCUAAUAAAUCUCUACAAAAACCAACCACUCGAAAGCCGGAGCAAAAGGGCUAAGAGCUUGUCCAGCUUCUUUGAAAACCAAAAAAGAAAGGCUGAGAUUCAAAUGGGAAAAUUGAAGAAAAAGAUCAAAGCAGAAAAGUAUCCCAAUUGGGAUUCAAGAUUUGACUAUUUAUCUAAAGAAGAGCUAAGAAAUCUUGUUGGAGUUCUUGAGGAAAAGAUCAAUACUGCAAAGCGAAAAUCCGAAUUCUUGAAGAGCAUGAAUCUUCAAGUUUCAAUUGCAAGUUAUCUUUCCCAUCAAGAAAUAUGGCUCCCUGAGCUCAUGAACGACAACAUGAACGACAACAUGAACCAUUCAAUUGGAAGUUCUCUUUCUCAUCAAGAAAUAUGGGACUACCCUGAGCUCAUGAACGACAACAUGAACCAUUCAAUUGGAAGUUCUCUUUCACAUCAAGAAAUGUGGGACUACCCUGAGCUCAUGAACAACAACUUGAACCAAAGUACCCCGUGGCCUGUUUCUUAUGUGAAUCCUUUUAUCGACAUUAAUAACAACUUCUUUCAAGAAUUCACAAGUGAUUUUCAAGCAAAUAUUCCAAGUGGUGUGAAUCCAAUGGGAGCGGGGAUGGAUAAUAGGCUUCUUACUGUAGAUGAUUAUCAAUUUGGCAAUGCAGAUUCUAUGAAGACUGAGGCAGAAAAUUGGUUGGCGAAUACUGGAAUCGGUUCAAGUUCAACAAUACAGCCUAUGGACCCUUGCAUAUACAGUGGCUCUACUCAUAUGCCUUAUGGAUUCCAGUAGAUUUUAUUUUGAUCAUUAUA